AGUUGCAAUCGAGGGCUCACUGUGUCAUGUCGUUAGCGCGCGUGGAUUGAAUUCGAGAACUAUGCGGAUAUAAAUAGUUAAACAAUAAAACAAUCAAACUACAAGCUAACAACAAACAAUUAAAUACUAAUCAAAUAAGCUAAAGUGAAGUGUGUGCUCAGAAGUUUUUGACCUAACAACUAAAUCCACAUCGAGGUUUCUGAUCUUCACGUCGAAAUGAGUCUACCGUCGGGUGUGGACAUGCAGAAUCUGAUGUCCCAGCAUCCGGUCUUGGGAGCACUGCCACCUGCUUUCUUCUUGCGAGCCGCCUCGGAACGCUACCAAAGGACGCCCAAGUGCGCCCGCUGCAGGAACCACGGAGUGGUCAGCGCCUUGAAGGGACACAAACGCUACUGCCGCUGGCGGGAUUGCGUCUGCGCCAAAUGCACUCUAAUCGCGGAACGCCAAAGGGUUAUGGCUGCUCAGGUGGCCCUUCGACGCCAACAGGCCCAAGAAGAGAACGAGGCCCGCGAGCUGGGCCUGCUCUACACUUCGGUUCCUGGCCAGCAGAAUGGCAGCGACAGUGCUACGCCCACUCCGCACAGCCCCAACCACAGCGGCAGCGGCGGCUCGGGCAGCGGAGGAUCGGGCCAGAACGGCGUCUUCCACGGCGGGAUUCCCUCGCCACCCAGCGACGGCUUCGAGGCCAGCUCCACUCCCAAUCAUCACCAGCAGUCGCAGCAGCAGCAGCAGGCGCACCACCAACAGCACCUUAGCCACCCACACCAGCAGUCCCAGCGGUUCAAUGGCAAUGAAUCCGACACGGAUGGACGCACCCGUUCCGAGCACCUCAGCGUCGGUUUCUCGCCCACCAGAACCGAGCUGGAUGAGAGUCCUGUGUCCAAGCGCGGAGCAGCCCUGUCGAACGAGACCGACCAGGACACGGGCUCCGAGUCCGGAUCGCCGAGUAGUCCCCGGCCCAAGGUCGCCGGACUGUUCAAUCUGACCGCCAGCUUGUCGCCCGCCCGCACUGGACCGCCCAGCUCGCCGGAAUCGGAUCUGGACGUGGAUUCGGCGCCGGAUGAGGCCACGCCGGAGAAUCUCAGUCUCAAGAAGGAGGACAGCCAGUCGCCGCCCAACACGCCCGCCGAGAAUCUUCAUCUGCUGCGAUCCUUCAGCAGCAGUCAUGCCCAGGGCUUCCUGCCAUAUCACCACACGCAGUUCCUGGCCGCCGCCGGCCUGCCCGCCCACCACCACCCAGCGGCACACUCGCCGCACCACCAGCAGCAGCAACAGCAGCAGCAGCAGCAGCAGAACCACCUGCCACAGCACCACCAGCAACAGCAGCAGCAGCAGCAACAGCAGCAGAGAUCGCCCAUCGACGUCCUGAUGAGGGUGUUCCCCAACCGACGGCGCAGCGAUGUGGAGCAGCUGAUGCAGCGGUUCCGUGGCGACGUGCUCCAGGCCAUGGAGUGCAUGCUGGCUGGCGAGGAUUUGGGACAGACUCCGCCGCAGGUGCCGCCAUCGCCGCCCUUUCCCAUGAAGUCCGCCUUCUCCCCGCUGGUGCCGCCCUCGGUUUUCGGCUCCCCCACCCAUCGCUACCAUCCCUUCAUGCAGGCGCACGCCAAGCGAUUCCUGACUGCUCCCUACGCCGGAACCGGCUACCUUCCGGGAGUGCUCAGUGCGGCGGAUAUCGAGCAAUCCGAGUCCAACGGAGCGGGCGGCAUAGGGUUGGAUCGCACCAGCAAUGCUGGCGACUCCCAGGAUUGAGGCAUCGAGGUGGAGGCCAGCGGCGCAUCCGUCUUCAGGCCUUUCGAAUAAGGUUCCCACCCCUGCUACACUGCGGAAAAAUGUGAACACUUUACGAGUCAAGAACACAAUUCUUAACUUCAAUGAGUUUUAGAGCUCUCGUUUGUUUUUAUAAUAUUUUCAGUCAGCUGAAACCAUAGAAGUUUUUCAUUGCAGAAAGAACUUUCUUGAUUUUUGAGCAACUGUUUCUCGCAGUGCACGUCCCGCAACUAAGUGUAAAUUACAUUUGCCCUCGACUCUUAGCACAAGUAUUGUAACAUAGAGACCGUAUAAGUAAAUAAUACGUUUAAUGAAUUAAAACUUAAGAAAAACCAUACACUCGAUCCCAGUUAUAAGAAGUAUUUGUUUAGCUGAAAUUAACAUUAUGACGAUGAUGAGAUUAUUGUGUAAGCGAUUGUUGAUUGCAACCAACUAAUUGAGAUAUCCGUGUGUACCAUAUGAAUAUGAGCAUAUAUAUAAUUAUAUUAAACAUCAUAUUAUGUCUUAGAUAAAGUACAUUUCAAACACUGUGUUAAAGUAUUUAAUAAAUCUACAAAUAAUUCAAUAAAAUAAUGAAGAAAUU